CUAGGGUGGUACUAGGGUGGUGUUGGGUGGUACUGGGUGGUGCUGGGCGGCGCUACUCAGCUUGUGUUGUCUGGAAUCUCCACGCUGAUGCGUCUUCGCCUACGCUCCUCCACUUUUUACCCGAGAGAAAGCCUUAUUGCCGUUUGACGAGAGAGAGGGGGUGACCUAUUACAUGUACUAAGAUGCCAGCAUCACUGGAUUGCAAGGUGUAUGUUGGAGACUUGGGCUCAGGAGCAUCAAAACAAGAGCUCGAGGAAGCUUUCUCAUACUAUGGUCCAUUGAGGAAUGUAUGGGUAGCUCGCAAUCCUCCAGGAUUUGCUUUUGUUGAAUUUGAAGAUGUUCGUGAUGCUGAGGAUGCUGUCAGGGGGCUGGAUGGCAGGACAAUAUGUGGACGCCGUGUACGUGUAGAACUAUCAACUGGUAAAUCUCGAAGCAGAUUUCGUGGCCCCCCUCCUCGUCGAGGCAGGCCUUUCCACCCUGAGGAUCGUUGUUAUGAAUGUGGAGAGCGUGGGCACUAUGCUAGAGACUGCUAUAGGUACAGCCGCCGUCACGGAUCGAGGUACUCAAGGUCCCGAAGUCGAAGUCGCACACCUCGUAGGAGAAGGUCAUACACGAGGUCCAGAUCACGUUCAAGGAGCAGGACCAGGGAUCGUUCUCACUCACGGGACCGAAGCAGAUCAAGGGAGAGGUCAAGGUCUCGCUCGCGUUCCAGGGACCGCAGCCGCAGUCGUACACGUGAAAGGUCCAGAUCAGCAUCGAGGGACAGGGAUCGCUCUCGUUCACGUGACGACAAAGGAUCUACCCCUUCUUCUGAGUGCUAACCUUCAGCAUCACUCCUUGAUUAUGGGACAGAAGCCGAUCACGGACUCCAGUUCAGAAUGGAAGCCCUAAGGUGAAGGCUGAUGACAUGAAUGAUGAUUGAACUGAAAACCUUGCAUAAGCUUUUCAUAUUUUUCAGUUUUGUACUUGUUGGAUGUUAGAUUGGUGUAUAAUCACUCUUCAAUUACCUUGUUAGAGGUAUUAAGUGAUGGACAUAAUUCCAAACUUAAUUGGUCAGUAAAGUUGGAUGCAUUCCAACAUAUUAAAAAUUUACAUAGCACUGUAUGGUUGAAAUUUUCAAUAAAAUAUACUUCAAUAU